AUGCAAUCUACACAGUUCCCCUUCAGCCCUGUCAAGGAUGGCCGCCGCAUCCUUGGCGAGAAAAACACCAACGCGUGUCUGUCCCCGGCCAACCGGCCAAAGGACUCUUUCUCGGCCACAGGCACCCCAACCAAACGAGUGUCAACUGUAGCCUCGCCCAAGAAGCUUCUGCCUUCUCCCAUAUUCGCGGGUGCAAAACGCACGAGAGACCAGGUGGACGAGACCGAUGUAAACAGCGGACACGUCAAGAGACACUCUCCGGAGCUCUCGCCUACCCCCGAAGAAAACAGCACCCAGUCCAUCCUCAGAAAUGGCCUUGAGGAUCAGUCCGCGCUGAUUCCGGACGCGAUGGACACCGGUGCCUCAACACCACAACACACACAGCUCGAACACGACGAACCAGACCAUCUACAUGCAGAAAACGUCUCUGCCACAGCAGACAACUCCCAACAACCUACCACGCGAGCCAUCCCCAACGACCCCGAGACGCGCAAGAUGUUCAUCCAAGAAGUGAGUCAAGUCUAUAUCGCGACCCAAAAACAAACAACAUACACUAACACAUUUUCCCCAACGAAGAAAGCACAACUCCUCCGCAGCCGACUCCAAAGCGCCAUGCGCAACGUCGCGGACCACCAGUUUGACCGACGCGUCUCCGAACUGGAAGCACACAGCCGCAAGUGUCCGCGGCUCUCACUCUCCGCUCUCGCGACACCGUCCAUGUUCUCCAAGAGGGCGUCUACACCUUCUCAAACCAAGACGCCGCAGAUUGUCUCUGUGGGAACGAGACUUUCUCUGUCGAACACGCCUGAUCUGCCUGCUGCGCAGCCAUCAAGCGCGAUUGCUGUGAGGGAUGCUACACACGAUGUUCGAGCCAAGACUCCGACUCGCGAAAACAACACGCCAUCGCGGGCUCUAGGGUCGCCGAUGCAGCUGAGUAGCCCACCGGCGACGGUUGGGCGUCGUAACAGGAAUGAGGAUGGGAGUGACGAGCCACGGGUCGAGACUCGAGGGGGAAUGUCGCCGUCUGAGAGAGGCGAUGCGGUUGACGGGCUGCUUAAGCUCAUGCACACGGAUCGGCACGACAAUGCAGACGCAUGGACUGCAUGA